CAUUGAAAUUACGCAUUGAAGAUUGUACUUUAGCCAAGGUGUAUGAACGAUCGAUAUGCCUAUCUAUCUUUGAACUAUGUAAUCGUAUAGGCCAUACGUGUUUAUGGAUGUUUCAAUGGUUGACAGCUGUCAAUCGCACAUAAGUUGGUAGUGAGUCACAGCAUUGGUAGUGGAACUAGGUGAAGAAUACUCACUUCGACAGACAAACCUAAUCAAGCACUCGCUUUUUGGCCUCCAAGUUUUGUGCUGGUCCAACAUAGGUAUCGCACAUCAUCACCUACUCUUUUGUUCAGAUGUCCAGCGAUAUAACAGGCAUGGCAUCCAGCUCCGUUAGUCAGGAGGAUUUUGAUAAUGACUUCGAAUUAACAUCUAGAAGAUCUAGAAUUAGGACUGCAAGAGCACGAGUUGUUCCACCUAGGACAGGAGAUUCUUCUUCCAUAAACUUUCAAAAAAAUGCACAAAAUACAGAAGAAUCUCAAGGUGUAUGUGAUACAAGUUCGAAUAGUGUGCUUCCACCUGAACAUGAUAAUCAACAAAAUAAACCAAUAAUGAGGAAACAGGAUAAACGGGUACCUGGCCGUGUCUUUAGUGUCGUAUCCUGUUUGCACAGGCCAACGCACAUAAACAAGGGAAAGCAGCAACGCGAUCGACGGAAGCUUCGAGAAAAGAGGCGAAGUACCGGAGUAGUACAUUUACCAUCAACGGAGAGUACAGGAGGUAGUACAGGAGAAGAUGAGGAAGAUCUUAGUGGCACUUGUCUUGAAACUAAACACAACACACAUCACAAUGAGUUCCUUGAUCAUGAACUCAUAGAAGAACGGACAGCAAAAAUGUUUACACAAAGGCGAAACAAAAGGCAUUACCGUACUUCCUACAGGUCAUGUAUAAAUAGGCACAGUUGCCAUUCCGAUUUGGAGGCAGAUGACGAGGAAUUCGAUUCCUUGAAUCAGUCUGACAGUGUCAAUCAAUCAGACCAUGGAAAUCAUGAACCACAAUCCUCUGUAAAUGCUACGAAUCAACCAAGACUGUCUACUCCAACAGGAGACAAUCCACACGAAUUGAUAGAACGAGCCCAAGAAGAAAAUAGAAGACUAUUGUCUCUUUUAGAAGAUCGGGAUCAUAAAAUAAUGGCUCUCGAAGCUCGGUUGCUUCAACAACAACAUGAAAUGACUAUAGAACGGGAACGACUUCGGGAGGAGAACGCUGCGUUAAUUCGUGCGAUGGCAGCCCUGGCGAGUAAUUAAUUUUCCAAUUCGCAAGACAGUCCGAUUUAUCAAUCCUACGACCGUCUGAUUAUUUCUAGAAAUUGCGAAUCAGCGGUUAAAAAAGCUAUAUAUACAUAUAUACUAAUAGUUUGUAAGUAAUUGUGAAUUUUCUUGUUAAUAAUAGCCGAGAAGAUAGCAAAGCGAUUUUAAAAGUUAUUUGUUAAUGAUUUAUGCUGCAAAAGAAUCAGGGUAAGUUACGCAGUAUAAAUAUACAAUCGACUCUCGAUUUCUAUAAUGUUUUUUUGCAAUAAGCAAUAGAUCGUUGAAUACGAACAAGUAAUUAUAUUUUAUCCGCUUCACUUGUAGAGCUUCAUUUACGCGAAUAUUUCUUUCUUAACAGAAAGAUAUAAUCAAUUUUUUUACGCGUUUGCAUAGAGUCGAUAUCUAAUCUCGAGCGAUAAGUUCGAGCAAAUAUGUCUUUUCGCGAUAUAGUAACGUAAUGGAAUAAGAGGUGCUCCAAUUUGUUAUGUCAUUGUUGUUAGACCAGAGAAUGUGUAAAGUAAAUAUUGGAAAUUUUAUGCCUGAAAAAAUAUCUAAGACUCGGAUCGAGUUUUUGCAUAUAGUAUUUAUUGUAACUUGUACGUUAUCUGUUUUAUACUCGAAUGGAUGGUAACAUCGUUACUCCAUGUAAGACUUUUUACUUAUAAAAAAAUUUUGCUUAAUCGCGCAAUUAUAUUGGCAUAAUGUUAUUACAACAAAGGCGUAAUAAAAAUCGUUAUAAAAUUAAACAGGAUCUGUACAAAACAUGAAUAGGAUGGCACAAAACUAGAAAUUCCAUAUCUAUGCAUUUAAUUUAAACAAACGAGAUUUUUUGCAUUUUCAGCUAUGAACAGAACGAAACGUAAUAGGGAUAUAUCUUAGAAGAAGCAAGAAAUGACUCCUAAAAUUAUUACUACUAUUACUAUUACUACUAAUUAUACUAUUACAACUUAAUAUUUUAGGCUUACAGCGAAACGUAUAUAAUAUUUAGAAAGCAGGAGACUGAGAAUGCGAGUAUAUUAUGAGCGAACAAUAUCGAGAGAAAGUAAUAAAUCGAAUUUGUAUUUACGUAUGCACAAUCAUAUUUUAUCCGUCAAAAUGACGUAUUGAAUAAUGAAGAAGAGAACGCGAAAAGAACGUGUUUGCUUAUUAAGUUUAUCGUAUGCGUGUUUCGCGGCCAUAUUGAAUUUAUUUCAGAAGUUGGAUCAUUUUGAUUCCUUCUUGAAAAAAUAUAUAAAAAAGAAUGCUCGGUCUAAGAAAAUUAAUCGAUUCUAUCAUGAGAAUUUGGAAACUUUAUUAUAUUCAAAAUUCGAUAUUUUCUGUCUAAAUAAAGAUUUUCCUAAUAAA